UAUAAUUCAACAACAACUCCAAACAAUUCAAUAUUUCUUGAUUAAAUCUCAACAAAAAAAUACUACAAAGACUUGAAAUAAGCAACUUAAAAUAGUGUUUAUAAUUGAAACUAUGUUAAAAGUACAAAGUAUAGAUACAUAUCGAAACUCCACUGCUGUGGUUAUCGAAAACAAAACACCGGGUAUUUUUGCGGACUAACUUUUUUCUGUUUACGGACUUUUAAGACGUAAACUACAUUUAAUAAGUAUGGUGUCCACAAGAAGCGUGCGAUAUAAGUUCAGUGAGGGUGAGCGGGUAUUGUGUUAUGAACCUGAUCCAACCAAAGCAAAAGUGUUGUAUGAUUCCAAGGUUUUAGAAGUAAUAGAAAAUAAAGAUAAACGUGGGAAAAGAAGUGUGGAAUAUUUAAUCCACUUUCAAGGAUGGAAUUCAUCCUGGGAUAGAUGUGUGAGUGAAGACUUUGUUCUUAAAGAUACAGAAGAGAAUAGACAGUUGCAAAGGGAUCUUGCCGAGAAAUCACAGUUACAAUUGGGAGCAUAUUUAUAUAGAAGGGAACGUAAAAAAGGUAGCACCUCAUCAGCUGGUACUGGGACAGCAAAAAGAGUUCGCCAUGGAUUUAGUGAUGAUGGUUCCUCUUGUAGUACUCAACCUGAUGAUGGUGAAACAGCCGCAGACACUGACACCUCAUCGGGUUCAGGUUCAAGUGCUCAGCAACAGCCUUCUUCGACAAAUCAGUCAGUUUGCAGAGCGCAAAUUGCAAUACCACCUACACUCAGAGAUCGUCUCACACUGGAUUACCACUUGGUGGUAAAACGUGGUAAGGUGGCACGUUUACCGGCUUCUCCGAGUGCUGCUGAAAUACUGGAGUCAGUAGUAAAAUGGUUCGGCAGAGCCGGUGCCUGGAAUCCGCCUAGGGGCAAGCAUGAACCACUACAGAAGCCGGAUAUUCUGGAAGUUUCAGCCAGAUUGAAUCUAGUUCGGGAAGUGGCGGACGGAUUACGUGUAUAUUUCGACUUUAUAUUCCGAGGGCACAUGCUCUACAAACAAGAAUUACAACAGUAUCAGGAAAUGUGUGGACAAUAUAAUAAUUUUCCAACAAGCGUAAACACAGAAGAAGACCAGGAAUACCAAUCACCUGAUGAAGAAGAGAAAGAUAUGAAGAGUCCUCUUCAAGAAUACGCCCAUCUACCACCGGAUCCUGAGGACGAUGAACCAUUAGUAAAAAGGGAAAGACCCGAAAAAAGAAUAAUAAAAACAGAGAUAAAAGAAGAACGGAUAGAAGAUAACGAAAUAGAGGCGGGACCUUCGCAAAUUGAUGAGAGAGUCAAAAUAGAGAAGACAGAAGAAAUUAAUGAGAAAAUAGAAGUUAAAUCUGACAUCGAAACGUAUAAAUGCGAUAAAGUGGAGAAAAUUGAGAAAGAGAAGAAUGGUGAUUCCAAGCCGUUGGCUGUUGCUCGAAGACUGCGUUCACAUAAGUCAGCUGUGUCGCAAUCGGAAAGUGAAGAUGCGAAUGUUGUUCCUACUGCACCUGAACCAAAGGUCUUUGAAACGCACUCUUCAAGUGUGGGCAGUAGCGGUUCAUCGACGAGCGAGUACCGGGGAGAAGCCGAUCGCGUGAACUCGUAUCGACCGUAUACGAGGACCCCGUUAUCCACUCUCAUGGAUAAGGUAGCAAAAUUCGAAUUAAUACCACGAGAGGGCACGGAACAUUUGCCUUGUAGAAUGUAUGGAGCUAUUCAUUUGGCAAGGUUAUUUGUAAUAUUACCGAUUUUUCUAAAUGCCACCCAGAUGCCGGACAUGAAGCUGAAAUUAAUUUUGAAAUACGUCGAUAUAUUUGUACAAUACCUGGAUGAUCACAGCGAAUGGUUUGGAGAGAACUUUUAUGUACCUAACGAUUUUAAUACUAGUUAAAAUUCAAAUAUGUAUCAAUUAUGAUAAAACAAUGUGCAAGGGUUAUCACGCCAUCUAGCGGUGGCACGACUAACUGAAACUGUUGAGUAAAAAGCCCUCAUUUUGCAAAUGAACUUGAACUGUUUUAUAUCACAUUUACUGUUUAUAAUUAUGCAUUUUUAUAUAUAUUUUAAGCAAUGUCUCAUUAUUAAUAUUUUAUUUUGAAAAGGUGCUAAUUCUUAUAGAAAACUGUUUGCAAUUCUUUAAUUGCAUAAAUGAUAAGCAACUUUAUUCUGUGAUAUGCGUCUAAUAUUAUUCCCGUUAUUGUAGCCAUAACAUUUGAAACUUCUAUGGCUAAGUUGCAGAUACGUUUAACAAACUAACCAUUGGCAUAGGAUUAUUUUUGAGGGAGAAGCCCGAGUCUGUAUGAAUUUUAAUUAAUAAUUAUUCGGUCUAAUAAUUCACAUUGGCAACCCGAAAUACUGGGCUGGUUCGCUCCCUCUCUAUGCCCCUAUGAAACCCUCUUAUUCUAAAAAUGAAUAAUCACAAACCGAUCCAACUUAUUAUAGCAAAUAACCACUGAUUUGUAAUAAUGAUUUAGUUUGUAAGAAUCAGAGCUAGUCUCAUCAUUAUAGAAAAGUCCAUUGUUAAACUGCCAGACCACACCUAUAUUCUUAUUACCUACAUAGUAUGAAAAACGUAUCACUGUGCAAUUUUAAUAUAGCCUAGGCCUACUGUUUGAAUUAGCACCGAACUCCUUAAUUAUUUUAGAUAUGACUUAAUAAAAAAAAAUAUUUUCUAUUUGUUAUAGAAUCCGAUAAUGUAAGAUUUAGAUAAAGUUCUAUUUUUGUAUCCAAUAAAUUAAGUGAACAUUUUAUGUGUCUUACAAUGUAAAUAAUGUUACAUAUAAAAUAGAUGGAUCUCACUCAAA